UCUCUGCUCUCUUCUCUCCCUUCUUCUUCACCCCUCAUCCUCAUCAGUCUUUCUGUGUAUUUUCUUUUUCAUCUCCAUGAUAAAAGCAAACAUGUUUCACCAACAUGAGGGUUCAACUGUUACCAAGGGCUGAGAGAAGGGAAAAGGAAAAAGUGAGGGAAGAUUAUGGAGGAGGUCUGGGGUCUGUGAUGUGGGCAGCGUUUAAAGAAAGGAAAAAACACAUAUGCUCACUUGAAAACACACAGACACCUACACACACAUUACACACACGCACACACACACAGUUGCACAUGAACACACUAUUUCAUAAUUUUAUUGGAAAUUCACGGCAACCUGGCUCUGCUCUGCAACUACUGAUUAUCAGGAUUUCUACCCAGCUGUCUCCAUGGCUCUCUUCUGCUGUGCCGUGGUGGUGCUACUGUGUGUUGUUCACUCUGCUUCGGCCACUGUUGUCGCCGAAACGGACUACGGAGGGGUUCCUCUGUGGAUUGACCGCAUGCUGGGUGAGCCCAGUGUUCUGAGCCUGCAGGGGCGGAUGAACCCAGCCUGGUUCCGAGCUAACAACCCGCAGACCUGCCCUGAACAGUGUGACUGCCCCAUCCAGUGGCCCACAGCGCUCUACUGUGACCACAGAGGCCAGGCAGACAUCCCUGACGACCUGCCAGACACAACUCAGUACCUUUUUCUACAGCACAACAACAUCUCGUCCCUGUCCUCCUCUGUACUGGUCAACAUUACCGAGCUCCGCUGGCUCAUCCUGGACCACAACCAGCUGACGAGUGAGACGCUGGACCGGGCCUCCCUGCAGAACCAGACCCAGCUGUGCUACUUUUUUGCCAACAACAACCACCUGACUUCUGUGCCCGACGUGCUACCAGCAGGUCUCAGGCAGCUGCGACUGGCUCACAACCAAAUCAGCAGCAUCAGGCCCGGAGCUUUCCAGAAGCUGCACAACCUGACGCUGCUGCUGCUGCAGGGAAACAGACUGCAAACCAUCACAGAGGGAGACUUCAGAGGUCUGAUCAGUCUGAAUCUGUUACACCUCGGUGGAAAUUUGAUCUCGUCCCUCCCCCGACAUUUACCUUCGUCCAUCCAGCAGCUCUAUCUGUCCAAUAACUCUUUAUCUGGGCUGGACAACGGCAGUUUCACCGGGCUCCUCAAGCUUAAGUACCUGCGUUUAAGUCACUGUGGUUUGCAGAGUGGCGGUGUCCACCCGUGGGUCUUCAACCUCUCCAGCUUGGUGGAAUUGGACCUUUCUUAUAACAAACUCACAACCAUUCCUACAGUUCCCAGCAGCCUGCAGUACCUCUACCUGGAGGCCAAUGAAAUACAAGAGUUCAACAUGACCAGUUUCUGCAGAGAGGUGGGACCUCUGUCCUACUCCAGGAUGAAGAUCCUGCGAUUGGACGGAAACAAAAUGUCCUACCAUCAGAUGUCCUCUGACUUGAUCUACUGCCUACGGGAGCUUGAAAGUAUUCACAUCUGACCCCGCCGCCUGAAAUUAGGAUUUACUGCAUGUUAGUGAACAAGAAAAUAUCAUAACUCAUCUGAACCCAACUCAUCAUUUAUAAACUCAAACAACUCAGCCUCAUAGCAGGAAACCAGGGCAGAAUUGGAUAUGUCUUCACUCCACAGUCAGACCCUGAAGAGAAAACUGACCUUCAGAUGCCAAAGCUUGAACUCGUUCACUUAACCAGUGUUAUUUUACUGUAAUGCCAAAAGUUCUGAUCAAAACAUUUCUCAUACCACCAGUGCAUUCCCAUGGGUUUCUGUCUCUCAUCCCUUGCAGCUUCAGCAUUGUUGUACAUCUGUGUGUCAUUAGCGUGUAGGAACUGUGACAAAUCCUCUUAUUUCUGCCUGUACAGAGACAUGUGCUCUGGUUAAAGUAAGCUGACCGAGAGCAAAGGGAAAUAUGUAUUAAUGGCAAAAUGCAGUAGCUUUCUCUUCAGAGACUCUGACUCAGUCCGCUGGAGAGUAUUGAACUGCCACCCCAUCCACCACAGGAGCAGGGACCAAGAUGAAAAGGAUUUGAUGCCUCCUUUGAAAAUAUAAUAUAAAUGUUACACAGUAAACUUCAACAUUGAUUUGUCAAACUUUUUCUAUUGUAUAAUAAAGAGAGGUGACCUUGUGAGAGUAUUAAACAAAUCAAUAAGUCAGAUGUGCAUAGUGACAACAGCAACAAUGUAUCAGUGAUUUCAUUAUGAUGUCUACAAUGGAAGAUUCAAAAUGUCUAAAUAAACACAAAUGGAACAAAGAAAUAUAUAUAAGUGAAAUACAA